GACCCGCGCCCCGGCCCCGGGCUGCAGUCGGGGGGCAGCGCGCGCUCCAGCGUGUCCAGCCUGGGCUCCCGCGGCUCUGCGGGCGCCUAUGCCGACCUGCUGCAACCGGUCCUCGGCCCCGCGCCUGCGCGCUCCCCGGAGCCCGUCCCGUUCCCGCUGCCUUCGCUGCCGCUGUCCCCGGGUCGGGACGGCGGUCCGAGCGCGGCCGAGCGGCGGCUGGAGGCGCUCACCCGGGAGCUGGAGCGCGCGCUGGAGGCGCGCACGGCGCGGGAUUACUUUGGCAUCUGCAUCAAGUGUGGGCUUGGCAUCUACGGAGCGAGGCAGGCGUGCCAGGCCAUGGGGAGCCUGUAUCACACCGACUGUUUCAUCUGUGACUCCUGUGGGAGACGACUCCGUGGGAAGGCCUUCUAUAACGUGGGCGAGAAGGUGUACUGCCAGGAGGACUUCCUGUACUCCGGGUUCCAGCAAACAGCUGACAAGUGUAGCGUGUGUGGACACCUCAUCAUGGAGAUGAUCCUGCAGGCCCUUGGCAAGUCCUACCACCCCGGCUGCUUUCGCUGCUCUGUGUGCAAUGAGUGUCUGGAUGGGGUACCCUUCACUGUGGAUGUGGAGAACAACAUCUACUGUGUCAGAGACUACCACACGGUGUUUGCACCCAAAUGUGCCUCCUGUGCCCGCCCCAUCCUCCCUGCACAGGGCUGUGAGACAACCAUUCGUGUGGUGUCCAUGGACAGAGACUACCAUGUGGAAUGUUACCACUGUGAGGACUGCGGGCUGCAGCUGAGCGGGGAGGAUGGACGCCGCUGCUACCCCCUGGAGGGGCACCUGCUCUGCCGCCGCUGCCACCUGCGGCGCCUCGGGCCUGGCCCGCUUCCCUCACCGGCUGUGCACGUGACUGAGCUCUGAGCAGCAGCCGCGGGCGGUGUGGGAGGGCGGUUUGGAGAGGUGGCCCACGAGUGUCUACCUUCCUGCCCCACCUCCCACCGAGCUGCUGUCCCUUCCGCAGGGGCUGGACCCCCGCGAAGAAGCGAUUUCUAUUUAUUCACCUUCGUGCCUCCUCAAGCCACUUCCCUUCGCUGGGAACCAUCACCCGGCUUUGGGUUCCAGGACCCCCUGCACCCUGAGGCCCUGGGACAGGCUGUGGGUCUCCUUCCUCAGCUAGUUCUCAGCAGGUGCUGCCUCUCUCAACUGGGAAGGAGCCGAAGGUCAGGGCCUGCAGGAGGGUGGGCAGGAUGCCUUAUUUGUGUGGGAUUACAGAGCCAGGAGCGAAAUCUUGGGAACAUGAUUUGGCCCCUGGCCUUGAUGGGUCAUUUCAGAAACUAUUUCCCCCCAUCUCUGGCUCCUGGCUUGAGGGUGGCCCAGGCAUCCUCGGCCUCACAAUUCCAGCCGCAGGAUUGGACCACGAUGGGGGUGGGGGGCUCUGCCCACCUGACUGGGGGGAGCACCUGUGCAUGCCCACUGUGUAUCAGGCCCCACCACAAAACGAAAUGAUUUGACUUAAAUUAAGUCCCCCCCUUGGAAGAUAUUUGCAUUUUCUUUAAAAGAAUAUAGUUUUCUUCUAAAAAUUUGGACCAAGGUGGUGGUUUCAUAACAUCGCAGCAGACUGCAAAUGUAUUAUGUACCACAUUGUUAGAGUUGAGGUGGUAAGAACAUUGUAGUUUUAACUUUUUGUAUAAAUUUUUCCAGAAUCUCUCAGCAUG